AUGUCGAAUACAAGCCGACUGUUUGAGCAGCUAAGCUUAGCGAUAUUUAUCCUGUGUUGUUCACUGUCCAUAUUUGGGAAGCCUGUGGAAGAAGUCUCCAUUAUGAAGAAGAGGUCUGUCUCGGAGCACCAGUUCAUGCAUGACAAGAGCAGGUCGAUCCAGGAACUACAGAGGCGGAUCUGGCUGCAUAAUGUCAUGGGCGAGCUGCACACAGCAGAGGGCCGGGGGAUGACUCAGUCACAGUCGCCCCCCCGCAACCCCAAACACCCGGCGACGUGGCCGGAUUCGGCGGAUCUGGCGGUGCUCCUCAUCAAACUGGCAGCCAAUAACAACAGCAACAACAAUGAGGGCACCAGGACUCCGCUGGAACAGAUACAAGAUACCAACAAGCCCGGUCCUUUCAAAUUCCAGAACUCGAGGAAAAACACCAAGAGGAAGAAGCAAGGGAAAAACAACAAGCGCAAGGCUCACAGAGGUCGGGAAGUGAACAGCAGGAGGCAGACACGCUCUGUGGAUUCCGAAACCGGGGAUCCCAGUCUCACAUCCGAGGCUGAGCCGCUCGCCACUGCCGCCUCUGGACGGUUGUGGUACUGAGAGGCCAACCUCUAACAUAUAGCCCUAGGCAGGUCUGAUAUUCAGGAAAGACCGAAAAAAUCUUUUGCAGUAUUCUGUAUUUGUGA